UUUCCAAGUAGCGCUGCCCAGCUCUGCUGGUCAUUAAUGUGUUUGUGGAUUUACUAGGAGCAACCUUGAGUCUGUUCAGUGUGAGCAAUUGUGAUAAAGUGUUGAGAUAUGUUUGUGCUUGUUGAGUACAUAUGUCUGCGGAUGGGUAAGUGGAUGUUAUUGUGACGUCGUCUGCGUAGGAGGCAAUGUGGAUGUUUGGAGGUGGUUCGGGUAUGUCGUGCAUGUAUAGAUUGAAGAGUGACGCUUGUAGUUGUUUGUUGUGACGAACAUUUAGGCACAUUGUGGAGGGGGGGGGUCGGGUAGGUGGGAGAUAUGGCGACAUGAAGAAGAGGACGGUGAGGUGGGGCAAAUUGAUAAGACAAAUGCCAAAACGGUCCCUGCCCGGACAGUACUUGCCGCAUUGAGCUGGCUGACGGGUCGUCAGUAGAACGGGCAAAAGAAGAGAUGCUGCGUGGAGUGUAGGACAUUCCCACACUUGGUGUACUCCGCGCCUGGAGGGGUGCCCCACCCGAAGUAAGUGCAACGCAAGUUAACUGCAGACGCCCGACCACAGCUAGGCCCGCGCAGGUGAUAGAGUCUAGGAAAAUGGCUAUUUUUUAAGGCGAUCGGACCUUCUUGUUCUCUGAGAACUAGGCGUAUCCUCUGCGGAGAGAGGAUACGCCUAGUAAGACUGAGAACUCUUGAGAAGAUACGCCUAGUAAGCUACCUAUUGGCAGACUCCAUUCUACUUUGUAGUCUCGCUUUGGCGGGAAUGCGUUGUUUGCCUGAUGCCUCUGCUCCAGCCUGCAGGAAAGUUGUUUCAGAUAUUGCUGCUGAUAAAUUAUGUAUGGCAUUUUUUUGCUGGAUUCAAAUUAGUAUCUCAAAAACUGACACCCCUCACAGUUAUAACUCACUACGCACUUAUUUUGUCUGCAGGUAAUAACUGAACUGCUAUCUUCCCAGCUUGUCUCCAUGUAAGUUUCCAGUCAUAACGCGUUUGUGUGACGGCAGGUACACGCUGGAGGAGCUGUCGCCGCCACCGGAGUGCGUGCCGCAGCUCGUGUCGGUGCUGACGCGCGUGGCGGCGCACUCUCUCACCGCCGCCUGGGAGGUGGCGUCCUGUGAGGGUCUCCUGAGCGUCCUCGUGUCCCGCCACCUGCCCCACGACUCCGCCGCCAUCACCGCCGGCGAUAACGUCGUCACCGUCACCUCCCUGCACGGGGUGCCCCUCAGACACGUCCUCGCCCUCGUCAACGUGCUCUGCAGUUGGGGCCCUAACAUAUCCAAGGAGGUGGUCACCAAGCACGGGAUAAUGACGCGGCUGCUCACUUUCAUGUCGGUGGAGCCCACCGAGAUGGCGCUCCCUCUGAGCGAGGCGCUGCAGCUCUCCGUCGCGGCGCACGAACUCUUCAGCGUCCUGCUGGGCUUCGGUCUCAUGCAGGCACAAGAGUCGCUGUUGUCGUUCCUGCCGCUACUGAUCCGUCAUCUGCACUUCUACAGAGAUAAAGUGGCCAUCAAUGAAGACACGGGCAGCAACCAGCUCAACUUUGAGCUUGGCGCACACUUAUUUAGUUCUCUGAGAAAAGCUGUGAGCGUUGCCGCUACCAAGACGCUCCUGGACCGGCAGGUGAAGCAGCACGCAGGGCUCAGAGUGGGCCUCGAUGAAGCUCACGGGGAGGAGCUACAGCCGCCAAUCAUUGAGUGGGGCUCUGCCGUGCCCUUAGCCCAGCUGGCCAUUACCUGCUGCUUGAAGUGGUGCACGCAACUGAGUCGUGGACAUUCCAGCUAUGCAGGCCUUAGCCUACUGGGGUCCGCACUCUUAUUUACCGAAAAUUUCUUCAGAAAGAACAAAGACCAAAUUGGCUGUUCAGCUCCCGAAUAUCUCUCUGCCAUUGAGGAUUUUUAUGCGAAGGCUUUGUGUCCUUUGCUCGAAAGUUCCUGUUUCUCUGAACUGCUUUCCCGUGCCCAAGCUCACUCUUCGCUCUGCUCGGGCCUCACAUAACAUAACAUACAUAACAUAAUGAUGUCGGCGCUGA